AUGUUGCCAGUACUUGUCAUUGUUAUUAUUAUUCCGCAAUGCUUAUGUAAAAUCAAUGUGGACAUAUCACCUUUGGAAAAGGACUUGAGUAUUGACACGUAUGCAUCAUUGAACAUGACUAAAGGUUACAAAAAAUUCGACUUGACCGAACUCGAGGCGCUUGGCAAUAUGACGAGAAGACUGGCGUUCUUCCGAUACUACUGGUUCCACCCGAAACACUACAAGACCUAUGAGUUGGUGGCUCGGAACUGCUACCUGUCGGCACAGACAUAUCAAUCGGCAUUGGAGGAAAUCAGGAAAUACUACCACAUUAGGUUUCUCUACUCGGACAACUUACAGUAUGAAGUCGGCUACUUGGUGCACGAGAUUGUGCACAAAUACCAAAUGAUGUUAGAAUUGUACCACUUGGUUGUCAAGAGAUUCCUCGCUGUGCAAGACAAACACUUCGCCCCGGUGACUUAUAUGUUGUAUAUGUACACUAACGUGCUGGAGUACAGCAUGGCGGUCAUACACCUGUGCAACAUGCUGCACGAGCUCGAGAAGAAGUAUCAGAAAAAGAAGAAAAUCAGCGUGUUUGACAACGAUGUGGUUACCCAAAUGACGCGUGCGUCGCGAGGUCCACGCAACGUCACCGUAACAUUACCUCCAAGGGAACCGUACGAGGGCCGCAAAGAGACCUACUUGGACCGGCAGGCAGCCGAACGUAAACGCAAACGUAAGCAAAUGAAGAAGGACAGGCAGCAGAUGAUUAUAUCCGGCGAUUGGAAGCGGACCACCGUCAAUAAGAGGCCUAAGAAGGGCAUGUGGCCUCUUGAGUAUGGUUGGUCUAUUGAAUAUUGGUGA